GGCGGUUGUGGGCGACCGGUGGUGCCCGGAGAGGUGGGCGGCGAGCUCGGCGGGUAGAGAUGCGCAGCCGCUCGGAAGAGCCAGGAUGAAUAUGACUCAAGCCGGGGCUCUGGGGGCUGCAGCUGCAGGGCUGGUGGUGGUUCUCCUCUACGCCUCCAUCCACAGGAUCGAGGAGGGACACCUUGCUGUGUACUACAGGGGAGGAGCUUUACUUACUAGUCCCAGUGGACCAGGCUAUCAUAUUAUGUUGCCUUUUAUUACCACCUACAGAUCUGUACAGACAACACUACAAACUGAUGAAGUUAAAAAUGUACCCUGUGGAACAAGUGGUGGGGUCAUGAUCUAUAUUGACCGAAUAGAAGUUGUUAAUAUGUUGGCUCCUUUUGCAGUAUUUGAUAUUGUGAGGAACUAUACUGCAGAUUAUGAUAAAACUUUAAUCUUCAAUAAAAUACACCAUGAAUUGAACCAGUUUUGCAGUGCCCACACUCUUCAGGAAGUUUACAUUGAAUUGUUUGAUCAGAUAGAUGAAAACUUGAAGCAGGCUCUACAGAAAGAUCUGAACAUCAUGGCCCCUGGUCUUACUAUACAGGCUGUGCGUGUAACAAAACCCAAAAUUCCAGAAGCCAUAAGAAGAAAUUUUGAGCUAAUGGAAGCUGAGAAGACCAAACUCCUAAUAGCUGCACAGAAACAAAAGGUAGUGGAGAAAGAAGCAGAAACAGAAAGAAAGAAGGCUAUCAUAGAGGCAGAGAAAACUGCACAGGUGGCAAAAAUUCGGUUUCAGCAGAAGGUGAUGGAGAAAGAAACUGAGAAGCGUAUUUCUGAAAUUGAAGAUGCUGCAUUCCUGGCCCGAGAGAAGGCAAGAGCAGAUGCGGAAUACUACACUGCACACAAACAUGCCACUUCAAACAAGCUCAAACUAACCCCGGAAUAUCUGGAGCUUAAAAAGUACCAGGCCAUUGCAGCAAACAGCAAGAUCUACUUUGGCAGCAGCAUCCCCAGCAUAUUCAUGGACUCCUCUUGUGCUUUCAAAUAUCCAGAUGCCAGGACUGGGAGAGAAAUCUCUCUCCUCUCCAAGGAGGCUUCAGAGCCCUCUGAGAAGAGCCCCAUGGGGAACAAAGCAAGCACUGGCUGA